AUGACUUUUUUACGUGGAGUUCGUCAACUAUCGCUGCCAAGUCAUCAAUUAAAAACAUAUGUUUUAUGCCCCAAAAAACAUCUACAAUUUAGGAAUUACAGUAAUAAUAAUUCCUUGGAACAAGACACAAAUACUAAGACAGCUUCGAGUUCGGACAGCUGGCGUUUUCUUUUCGAAGACGUACUUACCAAAAAAGAUAUAGAAGAAGAACCGCAUCGGAUACAACGUACCACGCCGCAAGCUGCUCCUCCGGCAAGCAGCAAACCUGCCAAACGUCAACUUUCUCCAGAAGAAAAAGAAACUUUCAGGAAAAUUUUUGCGACAUUAUUCGAAAAGCCAAAAGCUCCGACGGAACCAUCAAAAAAUGUUGUAAAACCCGAUAUCGAAUUUGACGAGCCCAAAAAAGAUAUGGCUCCAACAAAGCCGGAUGAUGGAAUGUCGACUAUAGAACAAAUUUCGUUCAAUUCGUUCAAGAGUGAAAGAAAAGACUCGGGAUGGCUAAGUGAUCACUUUGAAUCAGUACCUUCAAUGUCUAGUCUAAGUUCUCCUUCAUUGGGAAUUAAGAAACAUGAAACAUCACCGGAAGAGCAAGUUGCUAUUACUGACAUUAGAGAUGAAAUUACCUCACAAUGUACUAAUAAUCAGCGAUUACGCCAAUUCAUCUUGGAUCGUAUUUUUAAAGAUACAAGCAAAUCUAAGUUCGAUCCUCAUUACUCAAUUCUACUGGAAGAGACAAUUGCACUAAGUAGAACGGUAUUUUAUGACCCAUAUAUGGUAUUAUCAAUAUUCGAACAAGCCAAACGCCAAGGUGUCGAAUCAUAUAUAAAAGGAGUCUCGACAAAAGUGUACAAUGAAGUUUUACGCACAAGGUGGGACUUUUGGAGGGAUAUUUACGGGAUGGAAAAAUUAAUCAACGAGAUGAGACUUAAUGGUGUUCAAUUCGACGAAGAUACCCGGAAUUUAUUAAACACGGUUUCAAAAAACAUGGAAUCUGGUUGGGGCCCUGAAGAAAAACAAACAUUGGGGAAAAUGAAAGAUAUAGUGACCGGACUCGAGACAAGUUUUUUCACAUCACUCACAAGUAAUCCUUGA